AUGGAGCUGGCAAGCGAUGCCAUAAAAUAUUCCCCACGCUUUAAGCUGUGGGUACGUUACAAGAAGAACAAGGCAAAAAGUAAUACCUUAGAGACGAAAAGAAUUCUUGGUGGAGAAACUGUUGAAGAGGUUUCAUAUCCCUGGAUGGUUAGACUUAAAGCUCGCCUGCUGAACCGCCCAGGAUAUAAGAUCAAUUGUGGAGCAACACUCAUAAGCGCGCGCCACCUGGUGACGGCUGCUCACUGCGUGAGGGAAGGAGAUGAUAUUAUUCCAGUAUCCAACCUUCACGGGAAAAUUUAUAAAGGUGAAACUUCAAAUACUCUGGAAUUUGACAAAAUUAUUUCUCAUCCCAAGUUCAACAGUAUCACAUUGGCGAACGACAUUGCUGUGCUGAAACUAAAAACACCUCUUGACCAGCAGAGAUCGGUCUGUCUGUCUAAGAAUUUUGAUGAAUCUAAACAGGAUGUGACAGCUGUAGUUCUUGGUUGGGGUAAAACGGGACAAG